AUGCCUGCAACUUUGCAGAGUCUUGAAAAGACAAGAAACAUAGGGUUCAUCGCACACAUCGAUGCCGGAAAGACGACCGUUACCGAGCGCGUCCUGUAUUUCACCGGGCGUAUACGCAAAAUAGGCGGUGUUGAUGAUGGCACAACCGCGAUGGACUGGAUGGCGCAAGAGCGCGAACGUGGGAUCACGAUCACAUCGGCUGCGACUACGGCGCAGUGGGGCGACUAUACCAUCAACAUCAUCGACACUCCGGGACACAUUGAUUUCACCGCAGAGGUGGAACGAAGUCUGCGUAUCCUCGACGGUGGAGUAGUAGUGUUCGACGCAGUCGCAGGCGUUCAGCCGCAGUCGGAGACUGUUUGGCGUCAGGCAGACAAGUACAAUGUGCCACGCAUCUGCUUCGUGAACAAGAUGGAUCGCGUGGGAGCGGACUUCUAUAGGACCAUCGACUCUAUAUCGCACAGGCUGCAAGCGAACCCAAUCGCGGUGCAAAUUCCCAUCGGGCAAGAGGACGAAUUUCUGGGCGUCAUCGAUCUCAUUGAGGGCAAGUCGUGGACGUGGGCAGAGGAAGGCGUGGAAACGCCAAAAGAGGGCCCCGUUCCCGAGGAGUUCAUCGAAGAAUAUCGGAACUAUCGUGGUCAGAUGAUUGAAAAGAUAGCUGAAACCGAUGAUGAGCUUCUUUCCAAGUAUAUUGAAGAGGAAGAAAUAUCCAAUCAGGAAAUCAAGGACGCACUGCGAAAAGCGACGAUUGGGUAUAGCAUCGUGCCCGUUUUUUGCGGCACGGCGCUGCGAACGAAGGGCAUCCAACCCCUCAUCGAUGCAAUCGGCGAUUAUCUCCCCUCCCCUCUCGAUGUUCCCCCCGUUAUCGGCAAACCCCCCACCUCAGACGAAGAGAUUACCCGCGCACCCGACCCGACAGAGCCCUUCUCCGCUUUGGCGUUCAAGACGGUCUCUGAUCCGUACAUCGGACGUCUGGUGUACUUCCGGGUCUAUUCAGGCACAGCGGCGGCAGGUUCCUCGGUGUACAACUCCUCCAACCGCAGGCGCGAGCGUCUGGGCCGCAUCGUGCAGAUGCACGCUCAGCACCGCGAAGAGAGUGUCCGAGUGCACGCGGGGCAGAUCGCGGCGCGCUGUGGGACUGAAAUUCACUGCAACCGGGAGACACGAUUUGCACCCAGGGCGAUCCAAUUGUGCUGGAGACUAUCAGCUUCCCUGAACCGGUAA